UUAUAGCAGUUGUCUGGAAAGUAUGGAGGGUGCUGCAAAAAUUAUCAAGUUCUUGGUUAUCUUCUUCAACUUCAUCUUCUUUGUAAGUAAAACUUAUUUGGUUGUUUCAACCUUGAGUUGUGUAUGUUAUAAUAAUUAUUCAUGUGCAAGUAAGUUUUUGUGUACAUUUUAUUUUGUCUUAAAACAUUAAAAUUUUACUUAGAUGCCUUUUCAUUUUAUUUCAACCAAGGCCCAGCUCCGAUGCUAUGCUUCAAAUGAGCUGAAUCAUGUUCAUGUGAAGUAUCAAAGCAUCUGAAUCGUUUCGGAAACAGCUAACUGAAUUUAGAUCAGCUCAGCCAUUCUUCACACCUGGCAGCCAGGAAUUAAUGGACCAGUGUUGAUUCCGACACCUAACUUUGCAUGCAUAAAUAGCCGAACCAAAUGUGUAAAUUUGUAUAAUGUAUUUUUAAUGCAUGUUGACAUUUUUCCUGUUGAAUUUACAGUCCACUCCUAAUAACUCCAACCUCCCUGACUUAAAUCUCGUGCUAACUCAAACCAAAAUCAAUUUUCCGUGGGUUUGAUGAUUUCUUCAUACAUUAACUGUACUUUUACCCUCAGUAACUUGAACCCUUGAUAACUUGAACUGCCGGCGAAAAUCACUGCCUACUUGGUUCAUAUCGGCCAGCUACUCUGCUUAACAUUUCUUUACGAUGGUGUUUUUUAAAUAAAAUAUCUCUAGAAUGGCCACUUACUUUGACAACUCAGCCGUCUACUUCAAACCUUUCUGAUCAUGACAACCCUGCUAACUCGAAGUAACUUUUGUUUCCCUUCAGAUCAUUUCUACAUAAAUAUAAUUUUACCCUUGAAAACUGUAACCAUGUUUUAAGCGCUUGACGAGUAAAAGCAGUGUACUGUAGUUUGAAACAUUGAAUUUAUAUUUCUUUUUUACUUCAGUUUUUGUCAGUUCAGUUCAAAAGCCUUAGUCUCCAUGUAAUAUUAGUCAAGCUUUGGUGCUUAAUUCCUUUUUUUUGAAAUAUCAACAUAUCUCUUGCUGCCUAUGAAGUGAGGUACACGUCCACGAUACUUGCAUUCCUUCCCCAUGCCAUUUGUUUAUUUGCUUAUUUCUGGUUACUGUAAAUGACCUACAUAUACAACGCCCACUUCCAAAUAGAUGCCCCUCUCUAAUUAAUGCCCUCUGUCCAAUAGGUGCCCCCUAGGAGAAUUACUCAAAACUAGUACCAAGGAUAGCAAAAGGGGCGUGUCCAGCCCUGGCCAUGAAAUCCAGAGUUUCUUACGUACUUCCUACUUACGUGUAGUUCCACACUUCUCAGAGGUGUGGACGUGUUUAAAAGUCUGACAAAGUUAGGAUAUUGUUGCACUUUUCCCCCAGUUAAGAACCCCUUGUCAUUCUUUACUUAGUUCCACUCUUCUCGGAGGUGUGGAAGUGUGGAAAAAACAGUCUGACAAAGUGAGCAUAAAUUAUUUUCACACUUCCACACCUCAGAGAAGUGUAGAAUUAAGGAUGAAAAAGGAAAGUAGGGAUCUUGUGGCCAGCGCUGGACAUUUGUGCAAAAAGGAGUGCAAUCAUUCAAUUCAUUCAAUUUCUUGCUUGAUUAACAAGGCUGUGCACUUUUUAUCGUGCUCAAUGCCAAAUUCAAAGUAGUGAUAGACUUCCAAUGGCAACUUAAUAACCUGGAGCAAGGAUUCUGACAUCGAUAUUAGGAUUUGAAAGAGGGAUAUGGAUCUUUAGAUGGCCGAACCUUAUCAAUUGAUAGAGUGGAUAUUAUUAUUGAUAUUUUUGCCAACAGCGUAUUAGUUUUCUUGAGCUUGUCAGUUACAGUGAUGAUCUCUUAAAAAUGCCUCCUUUCUAUUAAACAUGCCUGCUUUUACUUGGACCCCUAAAAUCAAAUAGAUGCCCUAGGUGUUUAUAAGGUCAUCUACCGCAUUUACUUCAAACUUCCAAUAACUCGUUUUUUUUUUUAAAUUUCCUUAGAAGGUUCGAGCUUUCCGGAGUUGACCGUAGUUUGGCUGGAAGAGAGAUUGGUGUCUAAAUAUAAUUCAGUGUACCUAAAUUAAUUUUGGUUGGCCUCGAAUUUGAAUUUGAUUUGGCUCAUGUGAAGUAUGGCGUCUGAACCUGGCCUUAAAUGUGUAAGUACAAUGUAGAUUUUGCUUCUUAAAGGCUGACUUGUAUGUGCCUUUGUUUGUGUACCCUGUAGGUGUUUGGCAUUGUGCUGAUUGGUGUUGGAGCAUGGACUCUUAUUAAGUUCGGCGAUUAUGUCACCCUUACCGAUAGUAUCCCAUAUGCGACAGGAUCCAAAGUUACCAUUGCUGCUGGUUGCCUUAUUGCCUUAAUUUCAUUCAUGGGAUGUUGUGGAGCCUGGAAGGAAAAUAGGUGCAUGCUGGUCAUUGUAAGUUCUGAUUCUCGAGGGAAUUGCCUUUUUUACAUUGUGCGAUGCUUAAGUAGUGACUGUGUAAAAGCUAUAGAAAAUUGACUUCUAGACACACAUUCAGCUCUAGGGGCAUGAAAUAGAGUUCACCACUGUCACAUUGCCCAUGCUGUGUAAUACACCUCAUUAACCCCCCAAAAUGUUGUUGCUGGUUUGCAGACAGGCUUACUGUACCAUAUAUAAAAUCCUCUGUUUAUUAAGCUCCCCCAUCUCAAGGAAGAAAGUUAUUAAGCCCCUCCUCUCAUAUAAAAUGCUUCCCCACCCUCCUGUCUAUUAAGCCCCCCUUCAAAUGUGCAUCAAAAUAAAAGAAGUCCCAGGGUAGGGUGGGAGGGGGGAUUGCGAGGAUUGCAGUAGACAGAGGUUUACUUUUAUGGGUGGCACAAGCUGCGUGUAAAUUAAUGUUUUGCUGUAUUAUUUUAAUUAAUAUAAUGUUGCUUUAAAAAUUCAUGUGGGUUGAAACUUGUAAAUAUGUAAUAUCUUUAUUUUUGGCAUAUCUGUAUAGUUCUUCCUCUGCCUUCUUAUUAUUCUUGCCAUGGAGAUUGCUGGUGCUGCUUUGGCGUAUAAACAUCGGGCAGACGUAAGUUCUGUUUUCUGUAAUUUUCUCUUGUCACAGCAGGGUUUGUACAGGUCAUGGAAAACCUGGAAAGUCAUGGAAUUUCAUUGCCGGUCAUGAAAAGUCAUGGACAAUAAUUAAAGUUUUGUUUGGUAGAUACACUACUGUAGAUGUCAAAGCAACAACAAACUAAAGUAGAGAAGUAAAGUAGAGUUAGAUAUAAAAACACCUUAAAUCAAGUAUAGGUUUGAAAAUUUUUUAAAGUGACAGCUAAUCAUAAAGUCAUGGAAAACUGGAAAAGAUCCUGGAAAAAGUCAUGGAAAGUUAUGGAAUUUGAAAAGCUUUAAAGAGUACAAACCCUAUACAGGCGACCCAUACUCACUACGUGUAUGUUAGUGGUUGAUAAUACACGUAUUAACUAAGUUACUCUGAGACAAGAAGUUAUCAGAUGCUUUGUGAUAAUUCCACCCCUGUAAACUGACUGGGUACUGUACCUUAAUGACAUGUUUUAACUUAUUUAUAGUUGGACGAGAAACUUGAUCAAGAUGUUGAAAAUGAACUGCAAUCACAUUAUGGAGAGAAGGGUAGUGAGGGAACUACAAAGGGCUGGGAUGCUCUGCAAAAAGAGGUAAAGAAACAUGAUUAUACUUUUACGAAUACUUUCUUUGAGACUACAAAGAUGAUAAAAUUGUGAGGAUUAUAACCCAGAGAAGGCUGUGGCUUGGCUUAGUGUCUGUUCGUUAUUUAUCAGAUGGGUGGAUGGGUGAGAAAAUGGGAGAGGCUCCAAAUUUUAGCCACUGCAAAGAGGGGGAUCACCUGGGGUAAAUACAGUAAAUAACAUGUAUAUGUUAUGUAGGGGGGCCUUAAAAUUUCAAAGAGACAAGGUCUUUAAAAAAAAUAUACAUUGAAAUUCUUCCAUGAAUAGAAUAAAGGGGAGUUUAUUAAGGUGGUCACAAAAAAGAAGAUUCGUCUAUUUCUCAACCAACCCACCUCUGAUAAAUAAUGAAUGGUCCCUCAGGAAAAAGGCCAAACUUUUCAUGAGACAUACCAGAGGGUAAUUUGGGUCAAGCUAAGUUAAGGUAAGGUCGUCUGUUGGGUCAGAUCAUGUCAAUGUAAUCAAACAUCGAACUAAUAAAUUUAUUAGACAUCAAAUACAUUGGGCCAGCGGAUUUUCACAAGAAAAUGAUUUGGCUGCUUUUAAUACUGAUUUGCAGUAUAGUGGUUGAAUAUGUCCCAUGUCUCAUGAGAAGAUUGAAAUUUGUUCCCGAGACAACCUUCAGAAUUUCUAUGUGUCUUCUUCAGACAGAUAGAUCAUGGCAGCCAGUCCAAACCCAUUCAUAUCAACUUCACUGAGACAGAUAAAAAACUUUCAUGUUUUUAAUCCACCUAGAUUGACCUGUUUCAUAAAAAGUUUGAUGUUUGGCUUAAUUUAUUAACUGUCAGUGCAAGAGAGCAUGUUAUUAACUAAGAAAAGAUUUGUCAAAUUGUUGCCUAUUUUAUAUUCUUUUAUUUGGUUCAGAAUUUUCUGACAAAAGGAAGGACUUCUCCUUUUUUGAUUUUAGGAAGAAUGCUGUGGCUGGAAUAACUACACAGAAUGGUAUCGAUCAAAGGCUUUUAAUGGGUCACACGAAGUUCCAGAAAGUUGCUGCAAAGAGGAAACAAAAGACUGUGGAAAAGAUGUUGCAAAGAUUUACACAGCUGUAUGUAAAGCUUUUUCCUUGUAAUCUUUGUAAUUUUGUUUUCUUUUAAAUUGCAGUAGAUAGGUACCAGGCAUCAUUUGCACAGUUAAACUAAAGGUUUAUUUAUCGUGGUAAUUGAAUUUUACAAUAACAGAGCACAUGAAGUCACUCACUCCUAAACUGAUUCAUCUCACUUGUAAGAGGAUGAAUUCUUUUUUUUUGAAUUCCUGAAUCUGUGGAUGAAAUGCUAUGGUGUGACCAUUCAAAUGAAAUCUUUUUUAGUUGAACUCUUGCAUAGUACUAUUAUUUAUUUCGUAUGAUUUGUCAAAAAGGAUUUUUUUGAAAAAAGAGCUAAUUUGUCAGUGGUCUAAAUGUACAAUGUAUCUUCCUGUCUUUGUCUGUUCAGAUACAUGUGUGUUGCAGGGGCCAAUAAGGUUAAAGGUACUAUGAGUUGAUGCAUAGGAACCAAUGAGAUUUUGGCAUCUAAACAUGACAUUGCUGCUUAAAAGGUCAAAUAAGGGCACUUUGACACCACCAUUUUGGUUCUUCACAAUUUUGUGGUCUUUUAUUAUGGCUAAAGGUGUUUAGAAGCAUAGCAUUUAAAUAUCUUCAUGAUUCAAAUGCUGAGUACAGUGAUGCAGCUGUUUAAGGGUUCAUAUUUUAGUGUGGCUGCUGGUUCAAGACAUUUAUGACCUAAUUCAGCUAUCGUGAACAGCACAACGUACGUGAAUUAUGUUUCACCUGCUUCAAAGUGAAGUAUAAAAAAAUCAUUAUAUUUAAAAUGUCUACAAAUGAAACAUUGAUUAUUGACUUUAACUUGGAAGUAUGUGGCGUAAUUGUGGGUUAGAAGUUUGAACAAGAGCUGAUUUUUUUAAAGCUGUAGUGAGUAAAUUAAUCCCGUAAACAUGCUUUUUUUCUCUCUUGUACAAAGUUCAACAGAGCUAUAAAUUCAUGUUCCGGCAACUUAAGUGCAACCAUAUCUGAUACAUGUCUGCUGUCAUAAACUGAAUGUACAUGUAGCUCUGGAUCUACAAAGGGCAGUGCCCUUUGACUUGAACCAUUGGCUUUCUCUCUUUCCUGUUCCUUUAACUUUUCUUUUCACAUUUUCAUUUCUUUUGCUAGACGUGCCUUUACUGAAAAUUGCAGGCAGUUCAUGUGUGAAUGGGUCAACUCUUUGAGCCCCCAUGAUACAAAUUCUCUAACUGAUCCCCAUACAUUUUCUUUGAGAAUCUGUUGAGAGAAUUUUAUAAAAGAUCAAGGCAUUUUCUCUUUAGUGAUCAAUUUAUUAAUUCCAUAAGCUAAUCUCUUGACAAUGUAUGGAUAUCAUUAGGAGAAAAUUGACAUUGGUCACUAUUAGAACUUAAUGGAUUAAUAAUAAUAACUAUCACCUGAAUCUUUUCAGCCCUGCAAAGACAAGCUAGAAAAACUUCUGAAGGACAAACUGUACUAUGUUGGUGCUGUUGGCAUUACGAUUAUUGUAAUUCAGGUAAUCUUAUAGCAGUAAAUGUAUGUUUGCUGUAACUUUAACCAUUACAUAUAAAAAUCUGUUAUAAAUAUGUGAUUUAUAUUAACAAAGAGCACCGCCUUGUGUUAUUAGUCAGUCACCAGUCUGUCUGCCUUGUAUUGCAUUGAUGGCAGUCGCCGGGUUUUGUUUAGCCUUUGGAUCUUGCAUUUUUAUUAUCCUCAUCCCUCCCUCCCUCCCCCCGGCCCCAUGUUAUUUUUUCCGUUGAUUAAUCAGUGUGAGGGUUGCCUGGUUCUUUUAAUGUUGGAGUUCACUGCUUGGAGGUGAUCCUCCUUUGUUUGAGGUGUAGAUUCACCACCCAUGGGGGCAAAUCUCUAUCUAGGGACUGGCUGACUGGUUGUGCCAUAAAGUGAAAGUCCUUGGACAUAAUAGGUGCCCACUGUGUAUUUUUUUUUUUUAACUAACGUAAGUGGAACUCUUAAAUUACAAUUUAAAAGAACCAAUGGUACUUAAAGUGAGGCAGGUUGUCUCCUUACAACCGUACAUGUAAACAUGUACCAGCAACAUAUACUAAAGGGGUAAGCUUGAAGCUCUCCGGGGCACUUAAGAGGCAGCAUGGCUGAGUGAGUUGUCAGUGCAUCAGACUCGCAAUCUGGCGGUCCUGACCUCCAGUCUUGCUGUGACCACUUGCUGGAUGUGUUCUUGGUCAUCCCAAUUUUAAGUCCUCAGCCAGGCUUGUACUAUUGGUUGCAUCUAAGCAUGUACAUGUGAGGAAAAAACAUGUUCUAAUUGGGUGCAAACAUGACAUGUUUUGCAGCCAAACAUUCGUAGUUUAGAGUAGGUGGCUGUUGUCGACUUGAUUUGUUUUCGCUCAACAAAAUAUUCUUUGUAGGAAUUUUUAGAUGUUAAGAAUAAUUCCAGAAGGCAAGUGUGCUGUUUCUGAGUGAGAAUUAUGCCUGAAAGUUGAGAAAAAUGAAAUAUGAGCGGAAUGCACUGAUCAAAAACAUAUAAAUAACUUAGCUUUGGCGCGACAGUUUGCUUUAACGGCUGUCAAACCUCAAAUGUUUGGCGGCAAAACACAUCAUGCCUGGCACCGUAUUAGAACCUAUUUUUUUGUCUCAUGUCCACGCUUAGAUGCAAAUAGUCUGCUGGUUACUUCCUAUUAGUUCGGUUUUUCAGUCCUGUGAUGUUGUAUUUGAAUUAUUUGUUUCCAAGUAUUUGAGUGGGUUGCCUAUAAACUAGCUGGAUAAGCUAAGUGCCCUUUCCACUAUAAGCAAACCUUUUAAACCUGGCGGCGGGACCCCAAGGAGAGCUUUCUCGCGGGUUAGCUAUAGGGGAUACCCUUCAAUGGGCCAGUAUGCCACCCAGGAGGGAGUUACAAAACUACCACGUGCUUCUUACUUCCAAAACAUGGAUACAUGUCUUUUGUUCGCACCUUCCCUUCUACAAAUGUAGCAGAGUUCUCUCAUGAGAGAGAGAAAUGAGAGGAAGGAGAGAGGCAGGCCGCUGAUGCUUUGUCUUAUGUAGCUGCUGACCAGAUUUGUGGUCGAAACUGUCUGUUUCACAAAACCGAAUUCAUUUAAUGUGGAAUGCGCAUGCCCUGUUGAGACUGUGCGUUUGAAAUUUCUGAGCCCACAGUUGUUAUCGCACAAACCGUAUCUGUAAGUUGCAUUGCACGUGACUAAAACGUUAAUGGUUGUUAAGGAAACCCCCGAGUCUACGUGAUGUGGAAAUGCAUCAUGGGCCGGCAGAGGUCUCUGUCUUAAUUUCCUUUUUUUUGGAGGGGUGUGGGGCUAUCGUGGCAUAAAAGCAGUAUUCCGCUUUUUUGCUCUCCUCCUAAUUUUCUCGAAGAACUCUCGCGAAAACGCAGCAGUAACCAAUUAAUCUAACGUACUAGUAAUAAUUGCAAAUUAGGGGAGUGUGUUCGAUGGCAAGGGGGUUGGGUGGGUAGUCAGUGGUAGUGGUAAAGGGGUGCAAGCCGUUAUGAGCUUGUAAGAUUGAGAAAUCAAAAUCAAACACUUUUAUCAAUAUGAAUAUCAGCAGCUGUCUUUAUCAGUGUUAUUGCUUAUCCUCCCACUUUGCAAUUCGUUACUAUUUCAUUUUUCCUCAAAAAGGCGAGAGCUUCCUGUAUUUUUUUACAUUAUUUUACUUGGGUUUGCCUCUAGGUUAAGUGCAUUUAAGUAACAGCACGUCAAACACUGACUAUAAUCCUCAAGAUAUUCUUUUGUACAGUAGGAUGUCAAGAAAAUUGGCUAAAAAUUGGGCUACAGAAAAUGAAAGUUAUCUGAAAAGUUCAUUGACUGAUUAAGGUGUCAAAGCGUCGUGUAAGACUUCAACCCUUGUUGCAUGACACUGCGCUAACACAACACACCUACUGGGACUUUUUUUCAAAUACAACGCACCCGGAAUUAGUGAGAUGACAAGGUCAACGUUUCACCGUACGACUUCUUGUAUAUUUUUCAAAAAUGGUGACCAAAAAAAAUCCUAAUAAAACCAUGAAAUCGCAUGACAUCCAGAACGCUAACCUCGAGAUCUCCUGGGGGACUCGAAUAGUAACCUUUCUCCUUCGUCAAACGCAAUAAGCCAUUGUGUUUAAGGCUGCCGAUAAUGCUUGAAUGUUUUAAUGUAAAUCUGUGUUUUUAUUUAUCUUUAGGUCCUUGGAAUGAUUUUCGCUCUUGUCUUGAUCUGCAAGAUUGGCAAAGAUGGGACCUAUGCUUGAAAAACUACUUUAUUUGACUGUCUGAUGAAUCACAAGUAUUGGGCACGCUGAGCAUAAUAUAAAGAACAAUUAGUAUUGUCAAUAGGCUCUCUUGUUUAAAGUAAUGUGUUCUUUUUGUAUGUCCUUAGUUUCACACUAGUUUAGUACCUGGGACUUAAGCUUGGAAUAGUUUUGUCAUAAUUAAAAUAAAUUAUGCGCGUGUCUCGUUAACCCUUUAAGCCCUAAGAGUGAUCAGCAUCAAAUUUCUCCUUGUAAUAACAAUGCUUUGUAAAACAGUGUGGCCAUGAGAAUUACGGACAUGAUCACACAAGAUGAAUUUGCUCGAUAUUUUAUCAACCUCUCCCCUCUACUUCUGUAGGAAAUGAAUAGGGGCCACAAAUGAGAAUUCAAAUUUUGAUCUUAGGGUCUCAAGGGUUAAUAGGUAGACAGCAUUUGCCCACUUUGCUGGUCAAGGUUAAUAAGACAUGACCAUAAUUUAGUAGCCUUUCGUUGAGCCUCUGUAUGGGUAUGUCGUACGAAAUCGUAGUCGGUUAAAGCGACGAUCGAAUUGUCUUUCCAAUCAAGUUUGACAAAGUUAGUCGUGUGUGAUGAAAGCAAAGAAAUCUGCUAAAAAGUGUGCGGCACGUCCGUUCAGAGUUUUUGUUUUGCUUAUUUAACAUGUUACUUUUUUUUUCUCGAUUCUGUGGUCGUUGUGGUUCGGUAAGCUCGUUAGUAGUGUUACCAUGCAAAUCAAUUCUUGAUAUGUGACGAUCUCGCCUCAAAAACCGUACCCUGGGUACCAGAGGUUUUUUCUCGCGUGCGACGGGAAGCUUAGUGCAGCCGACACGAGUUCGGCCGAAGGCCGAAAACGCGAGCGGCGAAGGAUGUUUUGGUAUAAGCGGGGUUGUAAUUGGCUCGGCGCUGGUCACUUUUUAAGACCGAAACCGGAAACCGUGCAUGAAAAGUCUCUGGCACCCAGGGUACGAAAACUGACGAUUUGGUGGAAAACGCGCGACGAAAUCGACGACCGCAGGUACGUGGUCCCAUAGGGAGGCUCAUAGUUCAUGCAUCUUGGUAUCUUCUGUUUAUUUUAUUUUAUGUUUCCUUUAUUUCCUAACCUCUGAAUUAAGUUCGGUUACUCGGGAAUAAUUUGAUCUUGGUAUUAAAGGAGAGUUUAGUAACCAUCUGCACAGUUUAAAGAAAAACUUUGCCUUUUUCUCGUUUGCUUCAGUUUGAUCUCCUCUUAUAUCUCAAUGCACGGGCAGAUGGCCCGUUUUACGUUCAAAUAUACCCAUUCAAUCAGCGACGCUUGCAGAUACUUACCCAGUUUAUACUACUACAUGAGACAUUUCUGCAAUUUGAUUGGUUUAGAGCAGUGGUAUUUGAGCUUAAUUUGAAAUACCUACAUGUGAAAAUUAGAAACCUUGUGCGGGUAGUAGUAUAAACAAAUAAUAUCAUGAUUUGUACGUGAUAUUUGGCAUAAAUACCACAUGUGAUACCUCAAAAUUGUCUCAAAUUUCACUCGCCUAACGGCUCGGGAAUUUACGUACAACAAUUUCGAAAUAUCACUCGUGGUAUUUAUGCCAAAUAUCACUACAGAUCAUGCUAUUACCUAUACAAAUUUGUAGAAUUCCGAGAGGGGACAAGACACUUUAAUUUGUAAUCGUGCUUUAAUAGGUUAAACAAUAACGUAUUUAGUAUUUCUAUAUUAUCUUGGGGUAAAGUUAAUAUCAGGAGCUCUCACUUCAUUAACCAUAGAGUGUAGAUGAUGAAGUUGUGACAUUUUUAUUCAAUUUUUCUAUCUGGAUUUGUAUAGUCAAGUGUAGUUUGAGCUGGAUUUAUAAUAAAAGACUAAUUGUAAGCCUUUUUGCACUGGAUUUAUUAAGUCAUUAAAAUUAGAAGGGUUUUUUAAACGUUAGCCUGCGUAGCAGGUGCUUUGCCUGGAAGUAGUGAGCGCAAGAAAAAACGGGCAUGCGAGAAGGAGACACGCGAGGGGAGAGGGAGCUCCCUCACCCCGCGCGUGUCUCCCUCGCGCGCGCCCGUUCUCUCUUGCGCCCACUACUUCCAAGCGCCUGCUACGCAGGCUAGUUAAACGUUCGUGUCCAUUCCUCAAACUGGUAUUCUUUAUGUGUAAGCGCACCUGAUGGGAUCUCUUCUUACUAAACAUACCUGUAGACAGGGAAAAAUCUGAAUUAGGCCCGUUUCUAGGGAGAUGACCCGCCUAGUCGGGUUACCCUUUGGCGAAGGUAGGGUCAGCCCUCUAUCCCAGCCAACUCCUCUCCCAACCGGCUCUACUCGGUCAAGACAAGGCAAUCAGAGCAUGCGUUGCGCGAGCGCCGUUGCUUGCUCUUGGUUCGGGCAAUGACGUCUUAUAAGCACUCGCUUAAGUUGACUCUGCUGGGAGGAUGACCCCCCUUUCCCAAGAAAACUUGUCCCUUCUAGCCAAGCCAAUCAUAAUAGGUGUCUGGAAAACUGCCCACCUACCCCUCCUUUAAGCCAACAUUUUGCGCUAAGUGAGAAGUAAGUGCUAAUGUUGGCUUAGGGAAGGGGUAGGUGGGCAGUUUCGCAGAAAUGUAUAAUGAUGCGCCAAUGUUAACGGUGCGCCAAGCUUUAAUUGUAAAGAAAUGUAGGAAAUGUUGACUCGUUCAUGGUAGCUCGGAUAGGCAAGUGACCCCCUUCACGAGGGCCUCAGUGGGGUGGUAGCUUUGGCUGUUGACGGCUAAUUUUUCCAAUUUUGACGGUUGACGGUUAUUAAGUAGAAAUAUAGCCCAAGAAUUAAAGCAAAUAUGAAUUCUGUAUAACUCAAUAUUAACUUUCGGGUCUUGGAGGUUGUCUUGGCCUUUCGCUUUUAAGAUUUUGAAAUAUUUUCUGAUAGAAGCAAGUUGUAACGUUUAGAGAGUGUGUUUUUUGGACAACAUGGAAACUGACUUUUCCAAUUUAGAGAUUCUUCAGGAGCCCUUAGUCCGUGAAGAUCAGCUGAAAUAGUGAAAUUUGAGAUACCUUAUGACUUUUUGACGGUUAAUAUUAAUCUACAUUUAUGACGGUUGACGGUAAAAUAUAGCUUUUUUUUGAAGGUUGACGUUUAAAUUUUAGGUCGUUUGACGGCUGACGGUUUACACGGGGGUGGGGGACCCCAGGUAGGUGAGGUCACCCGCUUAGGUGGGGUUACCCCAUCGAGACUCUCCUCUACCUGGGACUAGUUUUAUUCUCCAGAUAGUCGGGGCCUUAGGGCCUGUUUACGCGGGGUGGGGCACCCCAGGUAGGUGAGGUAACCUGCUUUUCCAUAUAAUCUCUCAUUUUAAUUUGAUCACGUUUACAUGAGAGGUGGUUGACCCCGCCACAUGUUACCUCACCUACCUGGGUCCCCCACCUCCAUGUAAACAGGUCCUAAGAAGAGAGGCCCUUUAAGAGGGGUGAGAGGAACCUUUGUCCCAAGUGUGAAUUUUAAAACCACUUGUUUCACGUAUUGAGGUGAAGGUUUUCUUGUCCGGUAUUUUACGUUUAUAUUUGUCUCUGUUUUGUUUGUCGCCUUUUCCCCUAGGCCAUGUCGCUUGUCGGCAUUCACCUCAAAAGAGCCGCCUGAGAACAGCGUACCCCUUAAGCUUGCGGUCCUCCGGGAACGAACAUUUUUAGCGUAUAGCGUGCGUACAUGGAAAGGCCGCUCAUUCUUGCAAAUUUACAAAAAGCCGACCUUUCCUUUUCUCUCGUUCUCUCCCUUAUCUGUGCGGGUGAAACGUUCUGAGGUACUGUGUGAUGACGUCACAGUUAUAGUUGAGAUCAAAGAAUGCGAGGGGACUGGUUUUUCGUCAAGUAAGCGUAGGUUUUCAAAACCUGCCUCUAUUUAUGGGGGAAAAGAAAAAAUGGUGCCCUCGUGGUAUUUUCUACCUAAUAUACCCUGCACGAAGGAUUGACACUGUUAUACAGCGACUGAAUGCUACUGGUUGACUGUAUUUGGUCACUAUACUUUCAGUUGCAUCUACUGGCAAAUCGGGCAUGAAAUCGCUGCAAACUGUGCAACAAGAAAAUUCCAGCAGUGUAACUUGAACCCUAGAAGCUGCAUCACUAAACAACGUUGCCUAUUCUUUUUAAACACUAGGAUAAUUAAUGUAAUUCGCUAACUGAGGUAACCCAAACGUAGACAGAUACAACUUUAAUUUUUAGGAAAUUGUAAUUGAACUGUACAUUAUUUUUGUUCACGGAAGUAUGAUGUAAGUUUAUAUAAUUCGCGACCACUUCGCGUGACAUGAAAGAAUUUAAAAUUGAUGACAUCAUCCACGUGCACGCAUAAUCUCUCUAAAUAAAACAUUACAAAAUGUGUUUAAAUAUAGAGAACUGCAUGGUUUCAAAGCUAUAAAAGCGAAGUUGUAUAAUCUUAAGCAAGUUUAAAAGUCUUAGGUUGACAGAAUCGAUCCUUUGGGGGUCAAAUAAAUCCUAGCAGGGGUUUAAUUCUAAUUUUCCGACCAGCAUACCCUUCGGGUUCCCCUCCCGUAGCGCCUUUACGGGCCCUCAUUUUCUUCGAAUAGCGUGAUUGUGGAAAAUAGCGUGACUGUGAAAAUAGAUCGACCAUAACGGCAUUUGCGUAAUCGAUCUUAGUCAGACGCCAAUAUUAUUCAAUGUUAUCGGUCAGGUGAUGACUUUAGAUCAAUUUCGAGCAGUUCCGCUUUAGACAAGCAAUUUCUCUUCUUCAUCGGUGCUACCUUAUGUUUUAUUAAAUCGAAGUUCCUUGGAUCAAUUUUGGUUAAGGUGAGUAAUUUUGCAUCGGUUAUUCAGCUUAACAUACCCACAGAUAAAGAAACAUUUAGGAUAAUUAUUUUGUCGAAGUUCCACUCGUACACCACACAUUACCGUUUAAAGAAUUUGACGACCUCGGUACACAGAACUAUCGCCACUGUCUUGAGUACAAGUUGGGUGCAUGGUGUAGAAUUUGUGGUGAUGAAAAGAGUUUACUUGUUAUGACCAUCUGGUUCUUCGAAACCUUUAUUAUUUUCGCGUAAGGAUCAGAAAUGUUUACAUUUGCGGGUACACUUCCUUGUACGUUUCUGCGCGAUCAUGGUCGCUAUUUUGUUAAAAAUACGCUCAUUAAAGGGGUUGUUAGCACUGAUUCCCUAGCCUGAAUAAUACACCGAUCACGGUGGGUCAUUCGUUGUCCAAAAUCAAAACGAAUGAGUGUUUCAUAUUUGAAACAGGAAUCAAACAUCAAACGAAUGUUCAUUUGCAAAUGAUUUGUGUGUUUUAAUGUCUGGGUCAUCAUUCAUAGCGAGGAUUCAUCGCUUUUCUGCGCAAAAGUAA